CCACGUCUGUAACGCAACGCGCUUUGCUGACUGGCUAGCGCACCAAGACACGCGAUACUCCGCCGCUGGACAAUAGCUCGUCAUAAGACACCGAGACGCCAUUCUCCCGAGUGCACGGGUAUUAUACUAACGUCAAACUCGUUGCAGCGCCGGCCUACCUAAGAUACUCAACGACAAACGAAGAUGUCUGGAAAUACGGAUUGGAAGUCAGCAUCUACCAUCUACGACUUCACGGCACGAGACAUCCAGGGCAAUGACGUGUCUCUGGAGAAAUACCGCGGUCACGUCUGCAUCAUCGUCAAUGUCGCUUCCAGGUGCGGCCUCACUGCUACCAACUACAAGGAGCUGGUGGAACUGCAGAAGGAAUACGGUGAGAGCAAGGGCCUGCGCAUUCUGGCGUUCCCGUGCAACCAGUUUAACGGCCAGGAGCCGGGAAACAGCGAGCAAAUAGCCUGCUUCGCGCUCAAGACGAUGGGCGCCACCUUUGACCUCUUCGAAAAGGUGGAGGUCAAUGGUGACAAUGCUCAUCCCCUAUGGAAAUUCCUGAAGAACAAGCAGCCGGGGACGCUGGGAAACUUCAUCAAGUGGAACUUCACCAAGUUUGUAGUUGACCGCGACGGCAAUCCAGUGGCCAGGUUCGCGCCCACGACGGAGCCCAAGAAGAUGGUGGACACGCUCAACAAAUUCUUCUGAGCCGGACCGGGGGGCUUUCGGCGUUCAGGCGGUUCCUACCAAUCGCCUCUGUUUUUUGGGGACAGUAGAAUUCAUGCGUACAAAUGCUAUUACACUUUAAACUUCUCACAGGGACUGUCAAAGCACAUUCGAGACUGUUUUCUAUCUGCACGUUGAAGCGAGAUUAUUUAGCGUAGACAUUUUGGGAAGGGGGAGGGGCGUGGAGUCCUUCAAGGAGCUGUACUGAGACGAACAUAGAAUUCUUUUCAGAGAUACAUGGCAGAAGCUCUCAUCCAUUGUGUAAACUAAACUAAAAUUGCGAGCAUUAUACACCUGGUAUCUAACAUCGUUUUUAAGUUUUUUACUUUGAAAUUAUAUUGAAAUAUAUGUAUUAUUAACGUCUGUAGUCAUCGUUUCGAAGAUAUUAAUGCAAGUGUAUGAUGCUGACCAUAAAGUCAUCUAGACUGUU